AUGUCUCUAAGAAAUACAGUUGAAGAUGGAGAUAAUACUCUCUGUUUGCAGCCAGAAGAUUCUGAAAUCAGCUUUCUUCUCAACAAAUUUCCGGCGAGUACUACUAAUGUUCUUGUUGUCGAUAACGAUAUCAUUACUUUGCUUAAUAUGAAAACACUCAUGAUACGAUGCUCCUAUCAAGUUAUGUCGGAUGAUAAUCAAAUAGAAUCGGUCAUGAAUGCAACUAAACAUGGUGCAUGCGACUAUCUUUUGAAACCGAUUAAUGAAGAUGUCAUAGCCAACAUAUGGAAACACAUUGUACGCAAGAGGAUGAUAUCUAAACCCGGUUUAAUUCCACCGGUUCAAUUGGAUGUGAUUGAAACUAACGACUUAAAUCAAGAGAAAGAUGAUUCCAUGACCGUCGACCAAGGUAAUAGUGAACAAAACAUUGAUAAUAUGACUGAAGAGAAAGCAACAAAGAAAAUCCGACUGCCAAGGAUUAAAGAAACUCAACCAAUCCAACCAUAUUUGGGUCAGAGUAACGGUUCAGACAAAGACAACGACGUUUCCAGGACCGUAAGCCAACACAACGACGGUGAACAAAACAUUGAUAAGAAACAUAAGAAAAAACCGAGGAAGCCGCGUGUGUCAUGGACUGGAGAUCUUCAAAUGAAAUUUCUUCAAGCCGUCGACAUACUUGGUGGUCCUGAAAAAGCUAUUCCAACGCCACUUCUCAAAUGUUUGCAAGAGGUGAAUAUAGAAGGACUCACUAGAGACAAUGUAGCUAGUCAUCUUCAGAAGCAUCAUAUCAAUCUCAAGGGAAACCUAAUUUAUCAACAGAGGCGAGAGUUUGACUGGUCCAGUGUGUGUAGACCCUCCUUACCUUUAUUAGUUCUGAACAAUAGUCUUACUGCAACAUCGUCUUUUAUGAAUAGUCGAGACGUUUACCCUGUCCAGGAGAAUCAAUAUCAUUGCAACAACCAGGUCAUGACCAAUACUAUGCCGAGUUUACCCUACACUAAUUAUGAUCAGCAUCAACUCCAGCAGCUUCAACAACAACAACAACAGUAUCAGAUUCCUCAUCAGUUGACUGACAUGAUAAGAACGAACGAACCUGGACGAACUUAG